CUUCUCCCCUGUACGCGUCAUGCAGUCAGUAUUAAAAUGUUUUUAGCACCGCCACAACCCCUGUGUAUUUGACGACCAUUUAUAGGAACACGGUUCAUGUUCAGUCGGGUAUUUUAACGUAUCAUUUUAGCGAACAGCUUGUCGCACCUGCCGGGAUUCACACAACACAGCCUGAUCGUUGUGUGUAUUGUUUGCUGGUACAUCCAAGAAGUGACAGAACGGGGCGAAGCGAAAGUACCCAGAGCAGCAGCUGACGGAGGAGCGAGGCCCGAACCGGACCGAGAGACGGGGGGGAAUCAUGGCCAACAUCGCUGUCCAAAGGAUAAAACGUGAAUUCAAGGAGGUUCUGAAGAGCGAAGAGACGAGCAAAAACCAGAUAAAGGUGGAUCUAGUGGAUGAAAACUUCACAGAAUUAAAAGGGGAAAUAGCCGGUCCACCAGACACACCAUAUGAAGGGGGUAGAUAUCAACUAGAAAUCAAAAUCCCAGAGACGUAUCCAUUCAAUCCACCUAAGGUGCGCUUCAUCACAAAGAUCUGGCAUCCCAACAUAAGCUCCGUCACCGGGGCGAUAUGUCUGGACAUCCUCAAAGACCAGUGGGCAGCGGCCAUGACACUGAGGACGGUCCUCCUAUCACUACAAGCUUUAUUGGCAGCUGCGGAACCAGACGACCCACAAGAUGCUGUUGUAGCCAAUCAGUACAAGCUUAACCCGGAGAUGUUCAAACAGACGGCAAGACUCUGGUCUCAUGUCUACGCCGGCGCCCCUGUCUCCAGCCCAGAAUACACACGCAAAAUAGACAAGCUCUGCGCCAUGGGCUUUGAAAAAAAUGCAGUUAUAGUGGCUUUGUCGUCAAAAUCCUGGGACGUGGAGACGGCGACAGAGUUACUGCUCAGCAACUGAACCUAGCACCUACUUUUGCCCCAACCGACUCACACCCUCCGGCUAACACACGCCAAGUCCCCUCCACGGCCGCCCCUGUCCCAAGGGUUGGGUUUUGCUUCCCCCUGGUCCGCUGAUUCAUGAGGGCCUUUCAACUCUCCACAUGAUCCAUCUCGUAGGGACACACACACAAACACACACCCUUUUCCCUCUUUAGUGUCAUUUUCAGUUUUCUUCCAAUUGUUGUCAAGGUCAUGACUUGCGGUGGUACAAUCCCACCUUUGCAGUCAUUUACACUGUUAAGUAAACUUUGAAGGAAGAAGCCAAGUCAUUUUAACAGGCUGUUUGGACCUGGUUUUGGUUUGUCAUUGGAGUUCUUUUUUUAUCACUGAGGAUUUACAACCACAACAUUGGCCACUUUCAUUAUCAACCCAAUGUAAAAUCCCUUCAAAGGCUAACCUACCUUUAAACCCAGAAACACAUUUUCUUUUUUUAAGAAAUCCUCUGGCCUUCCAAAUUGAAUAUUCUUUUUUAAACUUAAACAAAUAAAGACAAAAAUAAAAGCCACUGUUCACCAAUAGAGCAACUAAAGUCUGGAGGGUAAUGAAGAGCAAAACAAUAUUGCUUCUGCUAAAUUACAACAGAGAAAAAGGAAAAAAUGUCAAAAUAAGUAAUCUGUAAAUAAAGAUAAGUCUGUGUAAAUUAA